ACAGACAUGUUUGCCCGUCUUUGUAGGCGCUUUGGGAGAGUUGAUGUUGAUAGAGAAGAGUCUAGAGUGAAGCAAACGAAACCUAAAGCGGCCUGCAGACAGACGUCAUCCCCUGAAAAUGUCCUAAACAAGGUGCAGGCCAACGAGGAAGAGGAGAGGCUGAAUAGAGAACUGGAGCUAACUACCAAGGAGAGAAAUGAGCUGACAGAUCGCCUCCUUUAUGUGACAGGUGGAUCCAUGAGCAAGAGCCCCUACUUCAGGCCAAAUCCAUUUUAUGAAAACUUGAAGAUAAAGGAGAAAGAGGUCAUGUCAUUACUGCACAACUUAGACACAAAGAACAUUGAACAUCGUGAGAAAUUUCAGGAGCUCAAGAAGGAGAUUAACUUCUAUCGGUCUCAGGAACUGCAGGAGACAUGGAAUAGGACAGAUCCCAAGAAGACAGCCCCCUGAAGAGUGAGUUUCUCUGUCAGGAGUUCCCUGCUGACGACAAUCCUCAACAGUCAAAGACUUUUUUGGGGAGAAUAUUCUUCUUCUCAGUUAAUUUCCUCAUUGUAUAGAGACCCUAAAUUUAUGUAUCCGUAUGCCAGCCUGUCUCAUUGAGGUCUUUCUCCUCUCUCAUACCGACAACACCAUUUGAGAGACAUCUGAGGGGACUGCCUUGACAUCUCCCUAGAGGAGAAACAGCACUACAACUGUGUUUCUAAAUGUUCAUUAAGAAAAUGCUGUUAAGAAAUGUUUUUGGUUAUGAUUUUCAUUGAAGUUUUCUUUUUGUUAUUUCAUACUUAUAUAUUCUUGUUACUGUUUUUCAUUUUUUAUACCAUUUUAGUUGUUCAU